AUGGCAGCCGUGGACAAAGACGUAGCCGAGAAGUUUCUGGACAGCAACCCUGACUUCGCCAAGCAGUACUACGAUGCCAAGUUCCGCCCGAAGGUAAUCUCUGACCUUUUCAAAGACAACAAGACUUCCCAGGUGAACACCAGCAGCUUCCACGAGCUGAGCACGGUGGAGGAGAGUGAGAUCAUAUUUGACAUGGUCAGAGACCUGCAGGACAACAUCCAGAUGGAGAAGGCUAUCUUCAACUUCAUGAAACACCUCAGCUUCAUGAUACAGUCAGAGAAGAUGAGCCUGUUCAUGUACCGGAUGCGUAACGGCACGGCCGAGCUGGCCACGAGACUCUUCAACGUGCACAAGGACGCCACCUUGGAGGAGUGCCUGGUCCAGCCAGACAGUGAGAUAGUCUUUCCCAUGGACAUUGGCAUUGUGGGCCAUGUGGCCACCACCAAGAAGACUGUCAACAUCCCAGAUGUCUCAGAGGUAAACAUAUAAAGCUAUAGAUCAUUGUGGAGAAACUUGCACUUAAAAGUUCACAUUCCCAAUACAGGUAUGGCCACUACAGUUUACCUGCCAGUUUGUGUUACCUUAUCAAUAGGUCGUGUUUAUUCCAUGAAAUUCCAUUCCAGUGAAGAAAUGAGAGCACUGAGUGUAGAGCUCCAGUCAGAUUCAGACACAUAGGCCUAGGAUCCUGCUGCCUGUAGAGGGCAGCAUAAGGCCAUCAUAUUUGUGAUCAUACCGCCAGUUCAAUCUUAUUGGAGCCAAUACAUUUGACAUUUGAAAAUGAUUGCCAAGCUUAUUUUCAUACUUAACAUGUUUGUCACUCUACUCCAUAUCCUCACUGUUGGGUAGGGCUUGCAAGGUAAGCAUUUCAUUGUACUUGUGCAUGUGGCAAAUUAAACUUGAACUUGAACUCAGUGGACGGCCAUCAUUGUCAAUACCUGUAUUAAAUUAUUUGACCUAAAACUAAAACAUUUAUGCUGUUUUCAUAUAAAACCAUGCAUACGUUUUGAUUAUAGUUACAUUCCUAUUAUCCAGUAGACUUUCUUGUGAUACAGACACAUCUUUAAUCUUGUUAUUCAUUUGAACAAAUACCACAAACGUUCACUGAUAAAAUAUCCUUAUACCAAAUACCACAAACGCUCACUGAUAAAAUAGCCUUUGCCAAAUACCACAAACGCUCACUGAUAAAAUAUCCUUAUACCAAAUACCACAAACACUCACUGAUAAAAUAUCCUUAUACCAAAUACCACAAACGCUCACUAAUAAAAUAUCCUUAUACCAAAUACCACAAACGCUCACUGAUAAAAUAUCCUUUACCAAAAUAAUACAGAGUAAUACAGCCAAAGUACCAUCAUGAUUAGAAAAUGUUUCCUAUCAUAGUCCUGCUCAUAUGUAGCAGUGUGUGGUAAAGGGAGACAUGACUGAUAUCAAGGAUUACAGAGUCCAACCACUGACAGAGACUGUCAGAUCAAUCUAGUUGACAGGAUUUUUUAAAUGGUAAUUAGGGAGAGGAUGGAUCGAGCUCUGGGUCUUUCUUUUCCCUAGUGAAAGGCAGAGCCACCAUUACUGUGUGGUGUGGGAUUAUGGCAAGGCAGUCCCCUCCCCCGCCGGUUGGUCAUGCAGGCAGGCAGGGCUGCUGGGUGUUACUGGGCCUGCAGGGGAUAAAGCCCUUUAAUCUCAGCUGAAUUAGAACGAUCCUGGAUUAUUUCUAAAGGUCAUAGCACAAAGCCAUUUUCCCCAAGUCAGCGGAAUAGCAAGAGAACUCACCUUUAUUCUAUUUAGUGUUCACCUGUAAUGUCCUUUCUCCUUUAAUCCACAUGUUUUAAUCAUUAUACAUAUUCUCCAGUCAAGAAUAGCCCAAAAUGACACUGAGAGAUCAAACCAUUCUUAGUGUUAGAUGAUAUGAUAGGCAGUGAAUUAAUCUAUUCCUGGAUUAAUAUGAAACUCAGUCAACACAAAAGCAUAUUCUGUUUUUAACAAUGAAAAAGUUCCCCUCCCCUUAGUAGUGUUCUGAAAGAUAGUUUUUACAUAAUCAAAUAAUAAUUUACGUUUUAUGGGACUAAACUUCGGCUGUCCCCUAUAGGAGAACCCUUUCCACAGAUGGUGCUACCUGGAACCAAAAAGGGUUCUCCUAUAGGGGACAGCCGAAGUUUAGUCCCAUAAAACGUAAAUUAUUAUUUGAACCCGAAAGGGUUCUACCUAGAACCAAAAGGGGUUCUUCAAAUUCAAAGGGUUCUCCUAUGGGGACAACCGAAGAACCCUUUUUGUUCUAGAUAAAACCUUUUUUUGUCUAGGGAUUCACUGUGAUGUGCAAGUUAGAUGAUCUCAUCAAUGGUUUUAUGGUCAAAAGUGUCAAUUAAAUGUAACAAGCUACAGCACAUUGACAGAUGUUUGUUUAUAAAUUCUAAAUACUUUUCUGUGGUUUCUCCUCCAGAGCAGCCACUACAGUGACUUUGUGGACCAGAUCCAAGAAUACCAGACCAAGAGUGUCCUGGCUACCCCCAUCAUGAAUGGCAAGGACAUGGUGGCUGUUAUGAUGGCUGUGAACAAGAUUGGAGCUCCACACUUCACUAAGCAGGAUGAGGAGGUAACCUCUCCCUAACCUCUAACCUACAACCCUAACCUCUCCCCUCAGUAAUACUGAAUGUAGAUGUUUCUGCAACAGACUCUGUUGAAGUAUCUCAACUUUGCCAACCUGAUCCUAAGAGUGUUCCAUCUGAGCUACCUUCACAACUGUGAGACCAGAAGAGGACAGGUAAGACCUCCAGAUUUUAUUGAUGAGUUUAUUGACGAUGAGGCCUGCUUGUAUUUCAGAAAUGACAUAUUUUUCCCUGCCAUGACUGUGCUGUCUCUGACAUCUCCCACCCUCUAGGUCCUGCUCUGGUCUGCCAGCAAAGUGUUUGAGGAGAUGACAGACAUUGAGAGACAGUUCCACAAGGCCCUCUAUACCAUCAGGGAGUUCCUUAACUGUGAACGUUACUCUGUUGGCCUCCUGGACAUGACCAAGACUAAGGUGAGUUCGGACAUGAAUCUCAACCUGCUAAAAGCAUCAGCAUGCUAAUGUUCAGGAACCACUCACCAUUAUCUAGUCAUGUUCAGUUGACCUUUUGUUAUGUUUAAUUCAAGAUGUUGAAUGUUAAUAUGUUCCCCUUGUAUUUGAGAGGGAUUAAAUUAAAUAACCCUGUGUGUUGCAGGAAUUCUUUGACCUUUGGCCUGUGCUGAUGGGAGAGGUGCCUCAAUACGAUGGACCCAAGACUCCUGAUGGCAGAGUGAGUGACUGGUGACUUAACAAGCAACAGUCAAAUGACCUGGACAGAUCUGAGCCAACUCAAACAUGAAUAAUGGUAAUAUAUGUAAUUUGAUACAUUAUCAGUAUUCAAUCUGAUUCUAAUUACAUGUAACUCAUUUCUCUCCAGGAAAUAAACUUCUACAAAGUGAUUGACUACAUUUUACAUGGAAAAGAGGAGAUCAAAGUUAUACCGUGAGUCAUUUCAUCAAUUGAAAAUUGAAUUAUAUACCGGUAUAUUAUCUUAUCAUAUGUAUGUGCUGCUUUUACACCCUUAUAUUAUACAGGAACAUUUAGGUGCAUGCAUUACUGCAUUUGAUUUGGUACUUUUUGAAAUGACACAUCUAUAAACUUAAUUCCUUGGAAGUAAUAGUAUAAAAUCCUAAUCUCCAUCUCCCCCUGUCCUUGUCAGCAACCCUGCUCCGGACCACUGGGCUCUGGCCAGUGGCCUGCCCACCUACGUGGCUAAGGAGGGACUGGUGAGCUGGGAAGCCUUCCCUUACUUACUGAAGGAUGAAUGCGUCUGAAAUGGCACCCUUUUCACUAUAUAGCUCACUACUUUUGACCAGGGCCCAUGGGGACUAUAGGGUGCCAUUUUGUAUGCAGCCCAUGUCAUCCCCUCCCUGAACGUGGUAUCCAUGGGCAGCACACAACCAGAAAGCCAUUAGAGUUUAAUACGCAGCUGUCAAACACACACAGCCUGGAAAUUAAAUGUGCUCUUGCACUGAAAUGAUGGAUAAUUGCAAUUUUGUGGACAUCGUAACUAAUCAUGCAGUGCUUUUCCAUCUGAGCGAGCGUGAUCAUCCUCUCCUCCCUCUUCCCUCUUCUCCCCUCCAGAUCUGUAACAUUAUGAACGCAGCACAAGAUGACUUCUUCAGCUUCCAAGUAAGAUCAGUUCUCCAUGAUUAGCUCAGUGCUGUUGAAUGCACAAAUUUAACAACUGCUACUGAAGGGGCUAUUGUCCUGUGGCCAAGUGGACUUUCAUUAUAGUAGACAGGCCUAAACACAAUUUAAAUAGAUUAAUCCUGCUAUUUCCAACACUAAGGCAAAGACUUACCCAUACAAAGUACUGUAAAUAUUAGUAGUCAAGUCAUGCAUUACUGUGAACUAACACAUUCAAAGGCAAGUACGGCAGGUUUUAAGUCAACAAAUAUUGUGUUUGUAAUGCUAUGAACCUAUUGCAAAGUCAUUGACGUCAGGUGGUUCCUGUUUCCUUGUCCUGUUCAGAAAGGGCCCGUGGAUAGCUCCGGCUGGAUCAUUAAGAACGUCCUGUCCCUCCCCAUUGUGAAUAAGAAAGAGGAAAUAGUCGCAGUAGCCACCUUCUACAACAGGAAAGAUGGGAAACCCUUUGACGAGCAGGAUGAAACUCUAAUGGAGGUAUGCCACUGUAGAGUCCAGAGCUGCUGCUACUGA